AUGAUUACUAAAUACUUCACUAAGGUGUCGGUUAAAUUUGAUCCAUUCACACCCAGUGCUAGAUCUGCUAGAUUGUUUCUUUCGAGAAUUCCACCUUCAAUGAAAGGUGCGUGUAAAAUAGAUUACAAGGUGCUAACAGCUAGCUCACCAGCAUCAGAAAAGCCAGUGGUGGAAGUUACCUUCAAAGACAAGCAUGUUAUGCAAGCAGAUCCAGAGACAAUGAACUUUAAAGAUUUAAGUAUACACUUUGAUAGUCACUCAAGGCAGUUGGCGAUCAAAGAAGCUAUAUCAAAUUAA